UCCGAAAAAGUACCUCAGAAACAGAGUUGUUCAGCGAAGCGAACCAAAUCUUUCUCCAAACUCAGUUUCUUUCUCCCUUUUCCAUUUCUCACCCAAAUUCAACAAUUUCCCCAAAUACCUAAUCUUGUUUAUUCCUCGAAGAUUUACUGUUUCGACAGUUUUGAUUCCGCGCCAUGGCAGCUGAAACCGAUCAAGGCACAACGCUGUGCUCUCACUGCGAUCGGGCUAUCCCUGCCGCAAAUAUUGAUUUGCAUUAUGCUCAUUGCUCCCGGAAUCUUGAAAAAUGCAAAAUUUGUGGUGACAUGAUUCCCAAACUACAUGCUGAGGAUCACUAUUUAAGCACCCAUGCACCGGUUGCGUGUUCAAUGUGCAGUGAGACAAUGGAUCGUGAUGUUUUAGAUAUCCACAGAGGUGAAAAUUGUCCACAAAGGAUUGUCACAUGUGACUUCUGUGAGUUCCCAUUGCCAGCAAUUGAUUUGGCUGAGCAUCAGGAAGUAUGUGGGAAUCGAACAGAACUUUGUCACCUUUGUAACAAAUAUGUUAGAUUACGGGAAAGGUACAAUCAUGACAGCAGUUGCAAUAGAAUCCAAGACAGUGCUGCAGGGUCUUCAAGGGCUACAAGGCCAGCUGAAAGAGAUGAAGGUGCUCAUAGAAGGGCACGACCACCACCGCCGCAGAAUGAACUCUCUACAAAACGUCUUCUUUUCACAAUAGCAAUCACUGGAAUUGCAGUCAUACUCGGAUCCAUGUUUUUCCA